AACGCACCCACUAAACGUCAUCAUUUACUCUCGUAUACGCGCUGUCGUCGUGCGCAUGCGUAAUUUAGUAGGCGUAGCUGGCCGGAUGCUGUAGCAUGCAUGCAUGCUGAUAAAACGGUGCUAGAAGCCACUCGUUCGAUCGCCAGUUUGCCUAUCUUCCCGGGGGAGACAUGGCGCACUGCGGCUGUGCUCCGCCCAACAAGAUGACCGAGCAGAGGAUGGAAGACCUGAAAAAGGCCCAAGCUCUGGCCGAGCUAAUUCGGUACUCGGGAGAUCUCAGCAUCAAAGACAGAACGUACCGUCUGAGGACGUACAAAAACUGCUUCAUCGCAUCUGACCUUGUGGACUGUCUCAUCCGUAUGAGGGAGGCCUCCAGUAGACAAGAGGCAGUGAUAGUCGGUCAGCUCCUUCUCAGCACCGACUACAUACAUCACGUGGUCGACGGACACCAUUUUGAGGACGGCUACCUCUUCUUUCGCUUCAGACAAGAUGAUCGCCCUGGACUGGCAAUCGAGGGUCCUUCAGCCGUCUUCCUGGAGGGGCAAGAAGGCUCCGUUGCCAAUAUCCUCCACAAACGAAGGGCCCUGACCGGCUGGAUCCAAUAUUUCUUUGUCCUCACUCCAGUCAAGAGAGUCCUGUACCAGUUCCGGACUCAACUGGACUCCUCCCCUCUCUCCUGUUGGUCAAUGAAGGGGGUCAAAGUACAGCCGGCGCUCCCUCGGGCAGUCGGAGGAAAGUACCUCCUCCAGUUCAUCUUCCCCGACUCCUCACAGAAAGACCUUGUCCUUGGUGCUGAUAGCAGCGACAUUCAGUUGGCAUGGUUACAAACCCUGGAUGGCCUCGGCGUGGAAGUGCUGUCGUCUACAAACGAGGAAGAGGAGCAGAUACGAAAUGCCACGUCCAUCUUCGAAUUUCAAGCCAAGACCAUUGAUGGAGAGAGUGUGUCACUAGAGAAAUACCGUGGUCAUGUGACCCUGAUAGUGAACGUGGCGUCUCAAUGAGGCCGGGCGGCCAAGAACUACACGCAGCUUGUCCAGUUGCAUAGGGAGUACGCCGCUCGCCAGGGACUCAGGAUACUAGCCUUCCCCUGCAACCAGUUUGGAAAACAGGAGCCAGGGACGGCUCAGGAGAUAAAGCAGUUUGCGGCUUCUUUUGGAGCAGAGUUCGACAUGUUUGAUAAGAUUGAUGUGAACGGAAGCCACGCCCACCCUCUGUACAGGUUCCUAAAGUCCCGUGUACACAAAGGUCUUGGAAGCUUCGUCAAGUGGAAUUUUGAGAAGUUCAUUUGCAAUGGCGACGGAAUUCCUGUGAGCCGGUAUUACCCGACCACGCCCCCUCUGGACCUUUUGCCAGAUUUGGAGAAGCUGUGGAAUGCAGGGAACACCGCAACCGCAUCACGAGCUGGCAGCGUGCGAAUAUAGAACUCUCCUCUUGAUCUCUUCCUCCCUUUCUCCUCUCGUGGCAGCUAGACAGUUGUUCAAUUGAAGGAUUCUCAUUAAACCACGCCCAGUGGAAUGAGAAGACCCGAAUCACCAUGACAACCAUCAACAGGCCACACCCACACAUCAUCAGCCCACAACCAGUUCAUUUCAACAAUAUGAUUUUUAAAACAGAUGAUGCUAUUACAGUAUGUGCGCAUGAUGCAAUCAUUACGUAAUGAUAUGCACUACUGAAUACAGUCUCUGGGAUUAGAGGCAUGAUAGGAGGAGGGCUAGAAAUCUGCAAAUUCUUUUGGGAACUUUUGUUGACUCGAGAUCCGGAGAGGCUCUUCCUCGUAGUCGUCGAAAUUACUGGUGUCGCCUGCGCCCCGACACUUUGGGAUGAAAGGUGCAUCUACCUGCAUGGUUUGAGGAGGAGGAGGUAAAGAGGGAGAGGAUAGGAAGAAAGAGGGCAUGAGCAAUGGCUUCCUUGAGAGCAGUCUUGCCUCGGAAAUCUUGUCCACAAUAGACACAUGCAUUAGGAGGUAAUGGCGAGCGAAAGGGUGGGGUUUCAGAAGUUUCCCGGCAGCUUUUAAAGAAUUACGUUACGAACAGCACUCAAAUUUUCACGAGGGAGAGAACUUACCUUUUUCAGGA